AUGUCAGAGUCAGAUAAAGGCCUCUGGAAUCCGGCAUUCAUGACUAGCGCACAACAGCAGCAGCUGCAGUUGCAACAGGCUGCUGCUGCUGCGGCAGCCACAGGUAAUGGGGCAUCUUACGGAUUCAGAAACCCCUGGCACGAUACAGGAGCUUCGAAGCGGAACUCCCUGGUCUUCUCACAUCAACAGCAACUUCCCACAACUUACGAAGAAGAGCUCAUAAGCAGGGCUCGCAGGAGAAACUCUAGCUUGGUGAUACCGCCUCCAAGAGCGGCGGGUCCAGCUCCUGAUGCAUUCCCACCUCCUCACCACACUUUUCUGCCGUAUCAAGGAUAUCCCAACUACGGCCAGGAAAUGCAUAGGCGACAAUCAGUAGCCGUGGCACCACAACAUGCAUUUGCGCCACCACCAAUUACAACGGCAAACACGGCCGCUGCUGCCGCGGCGGCUGCUGCAGCAGCUUCAGCUUUGCCAGAAGUUCAAUUUCAUGCUCCAAUGUCGCCCUUUCAUCGGAAACUGAGCUCAUAUAAUGCAGGCGGCCAUGUACCGCUACAAAUGUCACCACCCAUGAAGCAGCUGCGAAGACAGCAAGACGAUGUUCUUCCUGUUGUAUUGCCACAAACCCAUCGUAUUUUGUCAAAACACGACUUGCGUCCGACCCUAAAUGCUACACCAAAGUACAGAAGGGCAUCAUUGGACUCUAAGACCGUUUCUCCACUUAUUGCUCUCACAAAAGCACUUACUACAACCUAUACACUUUGCUCGCCGGAUUUUUCUUAUCAGACUUCUAGAAACCCGAAGAGAGUACUGACCAAACCUAGCGAUGGAAAGCACAAUAAUGGUUUUGACAACGUCAACAGCGACUAUAUCCUAUAUGUGAAUGAUGUCUUGGGAACCGAACAAAACCGUAAAUAUUUGGUCUUGGACAUAUUAGGGCAGGGAACAUUUGGUCAGGUAGUUAAAUGUCAAAAUAUGUUGACAAAAGAGAUCGUGGCGGUUAAAGUGGUGAAAUCGAAAAGCGAAUAUUUGAAUCAGAGCAUCACGGAAGCUAAAAUACUUGAGUUACUGAACAGUAAGAUUGAUCCUAAUGGGGAACAUCAUUUCUUGCGCAUGCACGAGACUUUUGUUCACAAAAAUCAUUUGUGUUUGGUCUUUGAACUAUUGAGCAGUAAUCUUUACGAACUUCUCAAACAAAAUCAGUUUCACGGACUUUCGAUAAGUUUGAUUCGAACUUUUGCUCGACAAUUACUCGACUCCCUUUGCGUUUUGAAAGACAACAAGCUAAUACACUGCGAUUUGAAACCAGAGAACAUCUUAUUGGUUUCACUCGAUAGGCCUGAAUUGAAAGUGAUUGAUUUUGGGUCCGCAUGCGAAGAGUCGAGAACUUUAUACACAUAUAUCCAGUCGCGAUUUUACAGAGCGCCCGAAGUGAUUUUGGGGAUUCCAUAUUCGACGGGUAUCGAUAUGUGGUCCCUUGGCUGCAUUAUUGCAGAAUUAUUUCUGGGCAUUCCGAUUUUCCCGGGUUCAUCGGAGUUUAACCAAAUCACCAGAAUAGUUAAUACCCUAGGUUUGCCACCAACUUGGAUGCUUGACAUGGGCAGAAAUUCAUGCAACUUCCUAACCAAAUCAGAGGAUGACGGGAAGUCUUGGGAGGUGAAGACCGUGGACGAUUACAACAUGGAUUUUCACAGCAAUGAGACCGUUGGGAAACAAUAUUUCAAAUGGAACAAGUUGGAAGACAUUAUCGAUAAUUAUCGACUAUCCAAAAAACUACUAGGUUCGCAACAGCUGGUGGAGAAAGAGAAGUUAGACCGGAAAUGCUUGACGCAUUUUUUGAAGGGUUUACUGGAUUUGAACCCACUAGAGAGAUGGACACCGCCACAAGCGGCCAUGCACCCUUUUAUUACCCAGCAACCAUUCACGGGUGAAUGGUAUCCACCUGGUACCGAGCCGAGAGCAGCAGGAAAAGCACCUUUGGUACACGAUAGAACUGCCUCAUCUGAGAUCAACAAAUUGAAAAUUGGCGAUUGA